AUGAGCGCCGACCCCGAUGAUGAGGUUAUUGAUCUCACCUCGAGUCCAAACGCAGAUGCCAUCUCAACUGAUUCAUUGCCGCGGAUUCCGAAUUCCUUGUCGCGCAGAUACAGGCAAGGGGGCGCAACCUUUACUGCCAAUCGCCAUGGUGUUUUUGAGCCCAUGCCCAAGAGGAGGAAGACUGAUAUUCUCACAAACGGUCACAAAAAGGCCCGCUUAGAGAGUACGCGAAAAUCAAUACACUACGACGCGGUCUACCAGCACCAGAGGGCUGCCAAGAAGCACAUCAUCGUCCGCAGACACGCUAAAUUUUACAUCCUACGAUGUGACCAGCAUGACAUCAGCUUUGAUGAUAACCCGUACCUGAACUCCAAGAAACAUUUGCGCGAGGAUCACGGCAUUACCGCUACCGGCCAUGACACUGCCAUAAAGCAUUUCGGCGUAGAGGUUAUAGAAUGUGAUGAUGCCAAGCUUGAGCAGAACAACGUCGUUGCUGAAAAGGCUAUACAAGAUGGCACUAACGCGCUGGCCAAAGACACUAUCAAAGUCACAGAUAGUGCAAAUCCGCCAAAGUCACCACAGGCCAAGAGGAAUUGUCCAGAGCGUCCAAUACUGAAACUGAAAUCAAAUAACAGCCGAAACACGACGCGAUCUAAUCGGCGAAAGAUCCAGAAUGAUGAGCAUGUCCCACUCGAUUUGGUCCCCGGCAACGUCUACAUCAUUUGGUGGUUUGAGACACAACAGUGGUUCGCUGGCCUACUGAUCCCUCCCCAGAAUCUCGAAGCCGUUGGCAUCCACAAGCCGCUCGAACAGUUGCCUAUUUUCAAAACUAUACCCGCAUGUUACCAGUACGACGCUUCAAGCAAAUCGCUCUCAUGGGCCAAGGACUUCGAGGACGGCGGCCCAAAAUCAUCAGAACGAUAUUAUCCAUUCAUCUUUUUCGAAGGCUUUCAAUUUCCUGAAAAAUGCCAUCAGGCCUGGAUCCAGCUCGACAACAUUCAGCCCUGGGAUGAUGAAAAGUCAGCUUACAUCGAGCACAGAGCACAGGCUGUCAGAUUUUUGAAAGAGCAGAGGGAGCGAAAGAAGGGGAAGAGCAAAGCACCAAUAACCGAGGCCGAGACACCAGAGUCCAUCGACAACCACGAGCCAUCACAAAAUGCCGGAUCCAGAGACUCCGACCUCGAUGAAAAUUCUGACAUGUACGAAUUUAGAGGCUCUUCGCCCUUGGCUGAGUCUUCAACCGACAACCAAGCAGUUCCAGAAUCUAAUAUCGCUACGCCUGAUACUAUCAAUGAUCCAGAAACCGCAGCGGAGCUCGGCCAAGUUUCUAAGCAAGCAGCACUCGAUUUCGAGAACGACGAUGCUAUGAUACUUGAGCAGUUGGAUGGGAGCGACCAGGAAAUGGUGGAUGCUGAUCAAGAUAUGGACGAACCUCCACCAUCUGAGGCCCCAGAACUCUCUGUACAACAGGAGAGAGUGCCAAAAGACCCCGACCCCGAGCAAACCAUACAAACGCCAGAACCGCCAAUCCAAUAUGAUGGAGAGAUGGACCUGAUUACAAUUGAAGAUACGACCGAAUCUGAACAAGAGCACACGCAGUCAGCCGACGAUACUCUAGAGCCAGAAGUGGCGACGACGGCAGAAGUGUUACGCAAUGGGAAUGAUGAAGCAGAGAGGGACAUUCUCAUGACAGAGCCGUCUGAUAAUAAUCCAACGACGAGGGAGCCCAGCCAAGGCAAGAUUGGGACAACUACGGAGGUUCAGAAUGACAUAAUCGAGGAAACACAGCCUGCCAAUAUACCUGGAACUGACAGACAAUCUGUCGCUGAAUCCGCGCACGAUGAUGCAUCGCAGCAGUCAGAUCCAGCCCAUUCUAAAGAGAGGCCGCAGCCAACUUCAAGACAACGGUCUAAUCAGAAUAGUUGGAUGGAUGACGAUAUACGAAGAAUAAUCAAUGGCCCGUCACCUGAUAGGGUCAUUAUUGAAGGGGUUUCUUCUGAGAUUGGCUCUACGACUAAGCCGGUCUCGGUACAGAAACCAGCUGUGAUAAAUGAACCGGCCUCAACCCAAGCGCCAGGACAGGAUAUCGAUCUCGACAGCUUGCUAGCAGAGGGCGAAAAUCUCGAACUGCACAUGUCACGAACUGAGCCCGCGACGCAACAGCACGUGGAAAGCUACCAGUCCAGCCCGACCUCAUCUGACGAUAAUCGUCUUGCACAAGAACUUUUCAACGCCAUCAUGUCGGAGGAUCGCCAAUUGAGUACUCCCAGGAGCUCGCCUCAUAUGAACCACUCUAAUGCCGAUACUCUUCAGCCACGCGCUCAAGAUACUGAUAUGGGUGAACAAAACCCCGUGUCUUCUCCUCAGGCGAGUGAAGAACGCUCACAGCCGUCUUCGUAUGCUCAGAUGGGUGCACCGGCAUCUCUACACUCGCGACCUGUGUCCAAGAGCAGCAAUGUGCGACAACCGUCAUAUGACGAAACAGGUACACCAGCGUCUGUCAUACGCCAGUUGUCAGCUACACGUAACGCUACGCGACAUCAUUCUGACAAUGAAAUGGGUCGAAGGAUGUCCGUGUCUUCUAGGCCAUCAACGAGAAACGGCGACAUUUCCCAGCAACAUGGCGAUACCGAAAUGGGCCAGCCUACCUCUACGACAGGGGGCUCCAACAAUGAGUCCCAUGACGGGUCCCCUCCAUCUAUAUAUCAGAUAACGUCCUCACAACCUCGAUCAUUAUCCAGGGGACACGACUUGCGACCGCAGGCAAAUGAAACAGCGAUACGAGAAAGCCCAGUCAUGUCUCAGCCCGACACCUGUACAACAUCGGAGGCCGCGCCAGUACAGAUGCCACUCCGUGGUCCCGAAACUCAUCAGAACCCUCCUAAGAGGCCAAGUAAUUGGCUACAACAGGUGGUCGCGUCACCACCACAGUCUCAUGCAGAGGGAUCCCAAUCUAACUCCAUGCCUUUUGAGACACAGGCGACAGCUCCUCCACAACAGUCAACGAGCGACUCCAUACAGGAUAACAGUGUACCCCAAUAUUCGGACUCGGCGCCACUUGCUGAGAUGGAUUCUUCACAAUCAAUAUCAACAUCUAAUCAAUACCAAACAUCAGUUGACCAAUCUUCUUACCAACCAGUUAUCGCCGAUCCUCAACCUAUUCGUGAAACGCGAGCCUUUUCUCCUUCACAAUUGCCAUCUGCAACGCAACAAUCAGCACGAGAUAUCUUGCGUUUGCUCGCAGAGUCUGAAGGAUCUGGCCAACUACCAGGUCGUGACGCUCCACUACCACCUUCUGGAGAUCAUCCCAGUCCAGAUGCCUCCUCAAUUUCGCUCGGUCAACAGGAGUCAUCGGCUACUUUCAGGACCCCUACCGUGGGAAAUAGUCAUGCGUUCCAAGAAGCGAUGCUAUCACCGCGGCAGCCCGCCAUGCAGCACCCUCUGGUCCCUUAUCGUAAACCUUCUGCGCCGCAAGUCAUGCCAUCACCAAGACUAUCUAAUGCGAGCAUCUCUCGAUCAAGCUCCUUGUCUCAAGGCUAUACAGUACCUCCUCCCCAGCCACUGCCAUCACCGUACCAGCUAGUGGGCGAGUUGCCAAGGCCUGUAUCCAACACUCAAAACUUUCGUGCUCAACCUUCACCACAUCAGCCCGCCAUGGAACUCCCGAGGUCUCACACUGCGACAUACGUCCAGCCCAGGCCACACACAACAGUCUCCUCCCCAUACACAACUACGAGCCUGCCACCACCAAGUACUCUUGCUCAGGGUCCACCAAUGUUGCAAGUGAGUGCUUCACCACGGUUGCAGGCGAUGGAGAUCUCUCGUCCCAGCUCAGCCGUGCAUGAUAGUAGGACCCCAACGUCUCCUCGACAGUACGCGAUGAGAUUUUCACAGCCAGUAUCUUCUGUUCAUGGGGCACCAUUAGAUACAGCUGUCUCGCCUCGCAUGGCCCUAACGAGUUCAUCCCGGCCAGGAUCCUUCGUCCAAGGAAAAUCUUCAACUGUGAACGCAUCGCCUCAGUUGGCCGCCAGAGAGAUCUCAGGACCUAGUUCUACUACGUACGGGCAACGUACACUGCCAGCGAUGCCCUCGCCGCGACAGGCUCCAAUCGCCAUACCCCAGUCGAUGCCUCCCGCCCAUGGACAUGUGCACCAGCCACUUUCGACCUCAUCUCCUCAAUUGCCAGCAGCUCAACCUCCUCGAUACAACAGUGCGAGCUACUCCCAGUCAGGACCCCAGGCGAUGACAUCGCCACGACAAUCUACUACCAGCAGCUCUCAACCUGGCGUGGCGGCGCCACCACUGCCUGCAAUGGCAUCGCCUCACAUUUUAGGAGCAACUGCUCCUCGUCCGGUGAAUGUUCGAGGCAUGCAAGUCCUGGAGCCAACUCCUGUCUCUUCCCGUCCAGGACAACCGAUAGAACCUCCUAGACCCGUGUCUCAGAGCUCUUCAAACGGGCCCUUGCCUCCACUACUUCCCCGAGGAAACAAUUACAUUCCUGCUACACAAACACAUCGGAGCCAUUCUCCACCCGCUCAGACGCGCAAUGAUACUAUAGGCCAUUCUCGCAGACAAUCCCGCCCAUCUAGCCAAUCAUACUCUUACAGAGGAAAUUCCCAAACCUCAAACUCAACACCGAGAUCUCACGCGCCUGCAUACCAGGUUCCAGUCCAACGACCCAGUCCGGCCCAGCAUUCUAGUACCCUUCAUGAUUGCCUCCCUCGACACGUUGUUGAAGCGCUGAUUGAGCAAACUGGAAGGAGGGGAAAUGAUCUCAAACCUUGCAGCUUCCUUAACUACCAGACUAUGUAUGAAUGCCCGUUUUGCCGAGCAGGAAUGCCCGAGCAGACAGUCUUUGUUCAGCAUCUGCAGAGGCUUUGCCCUUAUAUCAAAUACCUAAACGACAAGAGACCGGUGGCAUAG